GCAGCCUCUUCUCAGUUGCGGUGGGUCCUGCUCACGGACCUUCUCUUCUACGUUGCAAUGACGUUCACGCAGUUUAUCAUCGUCGGCCCCAACGACGCCUGCUUGUUUUCGUAUAGUGCCGGCAGCAGCAACAACAGCGAGAUUGCGCUGACCCACCAAUUCUCUCUUUAUUCGGCUUUAGAUGUAGUUGACGAAAGUAUGUGGGCCAGGAGCGACUUUUACAUGAGCAAAGUCGAUCGCCCUUACGGUGACGCCUACUGCAUCUCCGCCUACGUGGGACUCGCGCCUGCGCGUCUGUUGCUCAUGCAGGACUGCGAGCCCAAGGAGUCCAUAGCGACGUUUUUCGCAGAGGCCUAUCAACUCUGCGUGCGCUACUUCAUGAAUUCCUUCUGCUCUACCACGAAGAAGAUUACGAGCACCGCCUUCCGAGAUGAAAUAUCUAUCCUGUGUCGUAAGUACUGUUGA